AUGCGUAACAGAAGUAGUUACUACGUAUUGCUAUGUAUUGUCACUUGCACCAGAGGUGUGUGGUCCACAAUCCUCAAUUAUAACAAAAUCAGUGGCAGUAGUGAUGCCAGGAUUGAAAACUUUCCAUUUAAUGCUUUUUUGCACUUAUAUGGUGGACAUCAGACAUCUUAUUGUGGUGGCUCUAUUGUUAGUACAAAAAGUGUAGUUACAUCCGCUAGAUGUCUUUAUGGAGUCAAGAGAGUCAAAGUAAGUAUCGGCAGUACUUACAGAAAUAAAGAAGCUAGUCUUUUUGGUGGAGGUUAUGAGUAUCUUACGACCUCUUUUUCAACGCAUCCUCGAUACAAUUACAACACAGGCGAUGUUGAUGUUGGCGUAGUCAAUGUCGAUGGAGGGAUGCAAUUGGAUGGAGAGAAAUCUAGAAUUAUUCGCCUUCCGGGCUCUACCAGUGAUGCGACAGAGGGAGAAGUUCUAACAAUUACUGGAUGGGGUUCUCUUGAAAAUACUCGUAGUACUGAACGCAAUUUAUCCCUUCAGAUGUCUAAAGUGUCAGUUAUUACCAGAAAAGAGUGUAGAAUGAAAACGCAUGGUAUAAGCACUAGGAUGUUUUGUGCUACGGGUGGAUCUAAUAUUUGUACGAUGGAUUAUGGUAGUCCAGCUAUUGGACAACAAUUUGUACUGACUGGAAUUACCUCACAUAGUGCUAAUUGUAGUGACACAAGUAUGCCUGGAGUUUACACUCGUAUUGGCCAGAGCAUGAUUAGAAGAUAUCUACGGAUGCAGACAGGGGUGUAA